AGCCGCGCUUCGAAUAAACCCGAAAAAGAUGCUUUUUCUCAUGGGAGUUCUCCGUACCGACACAGCGACAGGGCUCGGCCGCUGAGAGGAGCGUCAGGGCGGCGCAGUAGAACCGCUACGGCCGGUGUGACGUCAGGGGCAGAGCCGGUGCAGCGGGGAGUUCUCAGAAGCGACUUCUAGGAAACGGUGAAUUUUAAAAGCCAAGCCUUUAGCCGCUGUCCUUCACACAUACAGGGCUCCGUGUGGCGACAGCACUCCGCCGCGGCCGCAGCGACCACAGACGGGCGUCCGUUCUGUUUCAAUCUUUAAUCUUUACGCGUGAAAGUCGCGGUUUUCCCGUUUUAGUGACAGAAGCGGAUCUUCAUCUCUGAGCUCUUUGUUUUUCUUCUGUCCACGUUUCCAAUCCAGCCUCAGAUUGAGUCUGUAGCCGAAAGCGUCUGGAUUCCUGAUGCAAACCUUUUCUUUACGACUUGGAAAUCUAACUGGAUUUUCUAUAAUAAUAAUAAAAUAAAUCCCGGGAAGACUUAACAGGAUAUGAUUCUUUGUGAGCGCGGUCCCAGAAGUCUGAACACUGAAGCCCCGCGGGGUAUGCGGGAAGAAGCUGUAGCCCCUGUGGUCCCUUGCCUCCAGAGCUCACCUCACAUAUGGGACACAGUGAAGGACCUGACGGCGAUUGGCCUGAACCUGUGCUACCUAGAAAACUCGGGAUGGUAUUGGGGGGCUGUGACUGCAACGCAGGCCCACGCUGCCCUCCAAGAAGCACCAGAGGGAACCUUCUUGGUGCGGGACAGCAGCCACCCUCUCUACAUGCUGACCCUGACGGUCAAGACGGCGCGAGGACCCACGAGUAUACGAAUCCAGUACUGUGGCACCCAGUUCCUGCUGGACGCCAGCUCCCCAGCCCGCUCCAGCCUCUCUUCCUUCCCCAACGUGCCCAGCUUGGUGCAGCACUACAUGGGGGCAGAGAGAAAAUCAGAGGAGAGGAAGGCAAAGGAGGACGAGCGUCACUGGAAGCCCACAGAGCAAUUAGUUCAGGAGUCGUCUGUGGUGCUAAAACUGAAACGGCCCGCCUACGUGCCCUGGGGCAUUCCCUCGCUGCAGCAUCUCACACGUCUGGUCAUUAACAAACACACCGACUGCCCCGAUGAGCUGCCGAUUCCAAGACCUAUGCAGCAUUUCUUAAAGGAGUACCCCUUCAAAGUAUGAGUCCUGGCUCACUCAGAGGAGAAAACAAACUGCUGAACAGGUCCUUUGUGCCUCCGGCCAGUCACGCACGCGCACACAAAAACAUUUCUGACAAAAUCAGACGCAAAGUCACUUGAGGCUGGCGAGUCGAGGACAAGCUGGAGGAACACCUAAGGUGUGUAAGGACCUACUCUAAGAUGGAUGUGAUGAAACAGGACAUGCUUCUGGAUGUACAUAUUGUUUCUAAGAAAUAUGCUAAUUUCAUUCAGACAUCUUUUAUGUCGUUUUAUUUUCUCAACAAAGGCAUUUUUGUAUUUUUUACAUGUGUAAAUAUUUCUAUUAAAAUAAUUGAAAAAUAA